AUGCUUAACCAAGCUGCCAAGGAUAGCUCAACUGCUGCGUCGUCUCGUAUUGGAGUCAAAGAACGUCUUAACCAAUCAAAUGUGUCAUCAAAUGUGCCAUCUGCUGGAAAUGAAACGGCUGGAGUUGAAGUGACUGGAGCAAGUCGAACUACUCAUGGUUCUUCUCCAGAAGGUGAUAAUACUACAGCAAAUAACACUAAUGAGAGUGGCAUUCCACAAACCCUUGAAGCUUCCAACCGAAAUCAGAAUUUGAAUGAUGUUGAAGGCUCUGGUAACCUUCAGGAUAAAUCAGUCAAAGGCAAAGCUUUCGUCCCUAAGAGAAGACGUGGUCAAACAAUGGGUAAGGGACUUAUAAAAGCAUUUGAUGCCUCUGGAAAGAAAUUGAAGAGAUAUGUGGAUCCACCGACAGGCCGGCCCAAAAGUCAAGAGCAAUCUGCAAAGCUCUCAAGUCAAAUUGGUGUAGUAGCUCGAGAUGUCCUUCGAGUGCCAAGAAAAUGGAAAGAAAUGGCUGAAGAAAAAUUUUUGGAACCAGGCAUUGAUCAUUUAAAGAUUCAUAUGGAUGUCAACUUGGAUGCACCGGGUGUGAGGCACUGCUUGGUUGAUCGGAUGAAAUCUAGUUCUCGACAAAUUCGUUACAGGUUAAAUCAGCAUUACAAGAAGUAUGCAACCCUACAUGUUUUGGGAUAA